UCGCCAGAGCUCUGCAUCCAAGGAGUGUUUGGGACCAUGGAGGUUGCACCCUUUUACAUGGAUGGAGAAGUUCCCCACAAGAUUGCAGUGUGCCUCUCGAGAGAGAUCAAGGCUGUGCAGUCACUGGCCAACAACCUGAUCAGCAUUCAAAACAGAGCCUUAAGCGAGAUGGAUACUGAUGUGAUCCAGAUGCUGGUCCAGGAAGCACACAGUGGAGCACAGGGAGCUUAUGACGUGGCUUCUGGCUACCUCAGAAAGGUUCAGUCAGAAUGUGAGCAGUUAACGGAAGAGAAAGGCCUAUUGCAGGAAGUGUUAAGAGAGAAGAAACAGCAGCUGAGCCGUUUACAAGCCCAGUUACCGAACAUUGAAAAGGAGAAGGAAGAAUAUGAAAAUCGCCUGCGUUGUUCGAGAGAGUCACUGAGAAAUACAGAGCAAGCAUUGGAGAGACAAAGGGAAGAGGAGAGGUCGAUGACAGUGGGACGUGAUGUUGGCAUUGGCCUUUUAUUUCUGCCCAUUAUUGGCACAAUUGCAGGAGCUAUAACGGUCGGAAUUUGUGAAACUAGAAGAGCCGAGGCAGAGAAAAAUUGUCAAUGGUGCAGAGCAAAAGUGCAGGAAGAAGAGCAGCGUGUUUCAAAAUGUUCAUCAGAUCUGCAGUCCUGUAUCUCGCACAUAAAGGAGACAAAGGAUGAGAUUGACCAGACAGAAAACAGAAUAAAAAGUGUGGAGGGUGAACUCGACAGACUGUAUGAGCUGCUGAACAAUUGCUUUGCAUUAGAUUCCCUGCUGAAACACGGGACAUUUGCUGUCAGUGAACUGCUUGGUAAAGUGGAAGUGUUGAAGUUUCGCAGUGAGAAAUUCUGUAACGUGGAUGCACUGGUCAUUGUUCUCAAUGACAUCAUUGCCUACAUAUUAAAGCUGCCCAACCUGCUGGAUGGGAAGAUGCUGCAGCUGGAGGCUUCCACUGUUGAAAUGCUGGAAUCGCUCAGUGGUCAGCUGAAGGCUAUUGAAUCAUCAGGUUCUGAUGUCAGUCAGUGGUGCUAAUGGCGAUGAGCACAGUAAUUGUGUACAUCAGAAUGUGCCAUGAGUCCUGACGAAGGGUCUCGGCCUGAAACGUCGACUGCACCUCUUCCUACAGAUGCUGCCUGGCCUGCUGCGUUCACCAGCAACUUUGAUGUGUGGUGCCAUGUGGCAUUGUGUCUCUGCAGGAAACUGAGCUUUAAGCUCACAAACUGUUGGAGGAACUCAGCAGGUUAGGCAGCAUGUAUGGAAAAGAGUAAACAGACAAUGUUUCAGGACAAAACCCUUCAUCAAGACUCCUGCUUCCACUAAAUUAUUCCAGUACUUUGUGCCUCUUACUUUGAGUUCCAGCAUCUGCAGAUGUUCUCUUGUUUGUGUCCAUUAAACUCUGUUAUUCCCGCUACCAUUGUGUCCCCAAGGUCCCUGACACUAAGUUCUGUUCACAGGUCCCUCACUGAGAAUGGAAGCAGGCCCUUUGUCCAACUGAACCUGCACCACCAGUAACUACCCAGUUACAACAGUCAUCCAGUACAGAAACAGGACCUUGUCCCACUGAGCCCACACCACCAGUAACUACUCUGUUCCAUGACUCAUGCAGUGAUCUCAAUUUUGGAUCUCCUACAUUCCUACAAGCUCUUCCCCAGUUCUACCACUAACUGGGGUAAUUUACAGUGACUGGUUAUUCUACAAAUAGUUUUGUCUUUGGGAUGUGUGAGAAAACCAGAGCAUCUGGAGGAACCCCACACGGAAACAUGCAAUCUGCACCCAGACUGUGCCCAAGGACAGGACUGAAUCUGGGUUUCUGGUGCACAUAAAGUACAUUUUUCAAACUGCAAAGAUGUGAGGUGAAUGCCAGCACAAAAGCAACGUACAGUUGGAUUUAACAGAGAGAGUGAACAGUGACAUUGGGAAACAUGGCCCCGAUUUAUUUCUAAAUGAACCCCACAAUUUAGAUGAUUUCAGACCCUGAUUUAAACCAGCCACUCACAAUGAAUUGAGCAGGAUACACAGCGUUGUCUGUGUUAAGCUGCUGGCUGGCCAUGACUACGAUAUUUACCAAUUUCCCAUAUUCACCAUACUGAAGUGUUUGCAUGCUGAUCUGAAAGCCAAUGUUUUGCUAUGGUUGUUAUUAA